GUAGUUUUAGGCUGACCAACUGAUGACAAUCGAUCUAUCGACAGUCCGAAAGUAUUUUUAAAUCAUUGAUCGUUUCAAACCCGAACUUCAGGAACGUCGCGUCGCUCGAUUUAAUUACCCAAGCGUACACGUAAAAUAGAUAUCAUUGCUUAAGAAGAUAAGAACGAAGCAGACAUCUCGCAUAUCUAAUCGAACAGUCACUCUAACGAAAGUCUCUUUCUCGACAAUUAUGGCAAAUGAUCAGGAUAUUUCGAAAUAUUUUGAAUUCGCAAAAAAUCUAACUUUAGAAGCUGGAAAGUUGAUUAAAAACGUCGAUGAUACGGAAAAAGUUGUCGAAACUAAAUGGAUAGAAAAAGAUUUAGUAACAAAUUUUGACCACAAAAUAGAGGAAUUCUUGAUCAAUGCUCUUAACAAGGAAUUUCCUGAUCACAAAUUCAUCGGGGAAGAAACAAUUGGCCUAUCAAUAUUACCAGAAUUGACUGAUUCACCAACAUGGUUAAUCGAUCCGAUCGACGGUACAGUUAAUUUCGUACACUCUUUUUCGCAAUACUGCAUCUCGGUUGGUUUAGCGAUAUGUAAGGAAAUAGUCCUAGGAAUAAUUUACAAUCCUAUUAAUUGCGAACUAUAUACGGCAAAAAAAGGCCAAGGUGCAUUUCUAAAUGAAAAACCUAUUCAAGUGUCCAAAGUAACAGAACUGAAGAAGAGUUUAUUGGCGUUUGAAGUGGGGAGUUUGCGAAUGUACAAAAACCGUGACAUCGCUUUGGGUAGAUUCUUGGCUUUAUUCGAAGCAUCCCAAGCUAUCAGAAACGUAGGCUCGGCUGCGUUAUCGAUGGCAUAUGUGGCUAAAGGCGUAAUCGAUUGCUUUCAAAUGGAUGGUCUUCAACCUUGGGACGUGGCAGCAGGAAUGAUUAUAGUUAGUGAAGCCGGUGGUACCUUACUAGAUUCGAAAGGUGGACCUUUCAAUCUAAUGAAACCAAACACCGUAGUCGCGUCUACAACGCAAUUGGCUUGCGAGAUGACGAAACUGAUCGUUGAUACCGAUUUGAAAACCCAAAGAAAAAGACUUCGAAGAACUUGAUCGUAUUUUUUACUAACAUGUAUAAUAUUGUAUAAAUUAAGAUAUAAUGAAAUAAUUCUCCUAUUUCUAAACAUGUAAAUGUUCGAUUAUUAGUUUCAUACAUCGUAAUAAUACGUGAAAAAGCUGAUAAAAGAAUAAAAAACAAUAAAUAAAUAAUUAAAUAAAGGAUGGUCGAAGAUGAAGAAUGAGUUCACUGAUGAGGGAAAAAAAAGUGACAACAAAAAAAAAAUCUCAACGUGAAAUCGUCGCACGUGAUAGGUCACGAGGUACAAUUAGAUAUGAAAUUUAUUCUACGUGAACGGUAUUACGUAAAUUUUAAUAAUAUUGAAUCAAGAUAGAAUCAAUUUAUCCUUUCCUAUAUUUAAUUCCUCAAUUAGCUUGAUAAACAUUUCGUAGGCUUACGUUGUAUUUUGUUUUAAAUACACAAUAAUCUUAAAGUGUUAUCGGUAAAAUUAUUUAAGGCUACUCACAUGUACCGAAUGUAAUUAAAAUUAUCGUUGCUCAUCAACAAUAUUAUCUUGUUAUAACAAACACAAUUAGAUCUACUACAUUAUUAGUAUUAUUAAAAAAUAUACAUUUGCAUGAGAACAUUUUCAUACAACAUCGAGAUGAGAUAAGAUCAAAGAUAAGAUCAUUCAGCAUGAAAUUAGAAAAAUUAUGUUUAAUCAAUGAAUCGUCAUCAUCAUCUCGAAUCUUACUUUUAUACCCACUCCAAGAGAAUCAUUAGUAAGAAGCAUAAGAAACAGAACAUUGUAACGAAGACAGUCUACCUUGAAGCCUUUUCAUAAGCCGAUCGUAAACGAGUUAUUCUACACUACGUUAA